AUGUCUGUCUGUCCCUCUUCCUUUUUUUCCCUCUUCCUUCGUGUCCCUCCGUGUGCCUUCCUAUCCCUCACUGUGCCUUCCCGUCCCUCCCUCUGCCUUCUUGUCCCUCCUUCUACCUUCCUGUCCCUCCUGUACCUUCCUGCCCCUCCCUGUAAAAUCCUGUCCCUCCAUUUGCCUUCCUGUCCCUCCCUCUGCCUUCAUAUCCGUCCCUCUUCCUUCUUGUCCCUCUUCCUUCGUGUCCCUACCUGUGCCUUCCUGUCCCUUCCUCUGACUUCCUAUCCCUCCAUCUACCUUCGUUUCCCUCCUGUACCUUCCUGCCCCUCCUUGUGCAUUCUUGUGCGUCCCUUUGCCUUCUUUCCACUCCUUGUGCCUUCGUGCCCCUCCCUGUGCCUUCCUGCCCCUCCCUGUGCCUUCCUAUCCCUCCUUGUGCCUUCCCGCCCCUCCUUCUGCCUUCUUGUCUCUACAUAUGCCUUCCUCCCUGUGCCUUCCUGCCCAUCCUUGUACCUUCAUGUCCCUCCCUCUGCCUUCCUGUCCUUCUCUCUACCUUCCUGUCCCUCCCUGUUCCGUCCUGCCCCUCCCUGUGCCUUUCGGGCCCUCCUUGUGCCUUACUAUCCCUCCCCGUGCCUUCCUGUCCCUCCCCGUGCCUUCCUGUCCCUCCCCGUGCCUUCCUGUCCCUCCUUGUGCAUUCCUGUACCUCCCUGUGACUUCCUGCCCCUCCCUGUGCCUUCCUAUCCCUCCCUGUGCCUUCCUGUCCCUCCCUCUAUCUUCCUGUCCCUCCCUAUGCCUUCCUGUGACUUCAUGUCCCUCCCUGUGCCUUUCCACCCCUCCCUGUGCCAUCUUGUCCCUCCUUCUACCUUCAUGGCCCUCCCUGUGCCUUCCUAUCCCUCCCCGUGCCUUCCUGUCCCUCCCUGUGCCUUCCUAUCCCUCCUUGUGACUUCCUGUCCCUCCCUCUACCUUCAUGUCCAUCCCUCCUUGUGCCUUCCUGCCCCUCCCUGUGCUCCUAACCCUCCAUGUGCCUUUCUAUCCCUCCCUGUGCCUUCCUGUCCCUCCCUGUGCCUUCCUGCCCCUCCCUUUGCCUUCUUGCCCCUUUUCACAUCUUGCAUGCAGUAA